GUCGUUCUUUUAGCUUGACUGCUUCAAGGUAUAAUGAGGUCGAAGUUUUUGUUGACGGAAAACCAGUGAGAAUUGAACAAGGCAGUGCAGUUAUACAAGCGUGUGAGUUAGCAGGCGUCGCAAUACCUAGAUUUUGCUAUCAUGAGAGAUUAUCUAUCGCUGGUAAUUGUCGAAUGUGUUUGGUAGAACUGGAAAGAUCACCAAAACCCGUGGCCUCUUGCUCGAUGCCAAUAAUGCCAGGAAUGAAAAUCAUGACGGACACUCCAGUCGUGAAAAAAGCGCGUGAGGGUGUGAUGGAAUUCUUACUGGCUAAUCAUCCAUUGGAUUGCCCUAUUUGUGAUCAAGGUGGUGAAUGUGACUUGCAGGAUCAGUCCGUGAGAUAUGGUAGUGAUCGUGGAAGGUUUCAUGAGAUUGUUGGAAAGCGUGCCGUUGAAGAUAAAGAUUUUGGUCCGUUGGUGAAGACUACAAUGACGCGAUGCAUUCAUUGCACUCGUUGCGUGCGAUUUGCUACUGAAGUUGCUGGGGCUCCUGAAUUGGGAUCUUCUGGCCGAGGAAAUGAUAUGCAAAUUAGCAUGUAUAUCGAGAGAACACUUGACUCUGAAAUGUCUGCUAAUAUUAUUGAUUUAUGUCCUGUUGGUGCUUUGACUGCUAAACCGUAUGCAUUCUCUUACCGACCUUGGGAAUUGAAAAGAACAGAAUCUAUUGAUGUUCUUGAUGCUAUUGGAAGUAAUAUUCGCGUCGAUUCCCGUGGUAUAGAGGUGAUGCGUAUCCUGCCAAGAAUCAACGAUGAUAUUAACGAGGAAUGGAUCUCUGAUAAAACAAGAUUUGCCUUUGAUGGACUCAAACGACAACGUCUUACUAUUCCCUUGAUUCGUCAAGGUAAUAAAUUUUCACCGGCAAAUUGGGAACAGGCGUUAACCAAGGUCGCUCAAGAGUUACGAAAUAUCGAAAAUGGCUCAAAAGCCAAAGCUAUCGCGGGCCAAUUAGCAGAUGUUGAAAGUUUGGUAGCGUUAAAAGAUUUAUUUAACCGGCUUGGAUCUGAUAACUUGACUAUUGAUACACCAAAUGGCUCAAAAAUACCUGCACAUGGUGUUGAUUUUCGAUCAAACUAUCUGUUGAACAGUACUAUCGCAAGAGUCGAAGAAGCAGAUGUUCUUUUACUCGUAGGAACUAAUCCUCGUCAUGAAGGACCAAUUCUUAAUACUCGUAUACGAAAGAGUUAUCUCCAUAAUGGAUUAGAUAUUGGUUUGAUUGGUUAUCCGGCCGAUACCACCUAUGAAUAUGAGCACAUAGGCAAAAAUAGCAUAGCAAUAGAACGUUUAUUGGAGGAAAAACAUCCGUUUACUCAACGACUUGCGAAAGCUAAAAGACCGUUGAUUAUCGUUGGUAGUGGUGUGACAGAAAGUCCAGAUGCAGAGUUUGUGUUUUCGGCAGUUGCUAAAUUGACAAACAAAUAUGUAGAUAAAUUUUUCCAAGACGAUUGGCAGGGUUACGGUGUAUUGCAAAGAGGAGCAAGUCAUGCAGCCAUUUACGAUAUCGGAUUUAUUCCCUCUAAACAUUCUGCCAGUACAACCCCAUCUUUCAUAUACUUAUUAAAUGCUGAUGAAGUAUCACCACAAGAUAUUCCAAAUGAUGCAUUUGUCGUGUACCAAGGACACCACGGUGACACGGGAGCUAAUUACGCGGAUGUGAUAUUACCAGGAGCCGCAUACACCGAAAAAAAUGCCACCUAUGUAAAUACUGAAGGUAGACCACAAACAACACGCGCAGCUGUUCCACCGCCUGGUGCUGCACGCGAAGACUGGAAGGUGACAUUAUCCGAAGUGGCUGACAUGACUCUUCCCUACGACGAUAUACACACUCUGCGCGAACGUAUAGACGACAUCGCGCCACACCUAACACGCUACGAUAUUCUAGAACGAAUAACAAAUCCUACGCUCGGACUUUCGUAUCUGUCAAGUCGCGAGGUUAGGGCCCCGUCUGGAUCAAUACUUAGACCGGUGAUACAGGACUUCUAUAUGACUGAUAGUAUUUCGCGAGCGAGUCAAACAAUGGCAAAGUGUUCGGCGGCAUUCACCAAUAAACAAAAUAUAUACAUAAAUACUACAACAUCCACGUCUUCAUCUUCUCCAGUAUAUGCGUAA